UGACGUGUCGCCAUGUUUGUUUUUCGGUCAGAGGAUUGAAAAUAAUGGCAUGUAAACGAUGAGGAGAGGAGCGUAUUGAGGUAUGCAGCUGGAAUAAAGUCUGCGAUUAUCCGUGGCUAAUUACCGCGUGAUGGUAGUGGAAAUAAGGACGUCCAUAAAUGCAUCCUCGCGGGGUGAAAUUCGCGUGUGAUAUGCGCGUAAUAAACACGUACAAUUAAUGGGACAAGCUCGGGUUUGGUGGUUAAAUGGGUUUGUUACACAAAGUGCUAGUGAAUCUGACAGUUCUCGCCGUAUUCCUGAUCGUCUUUUAUUGCUUCCAAACGCCGAGUUCCGCCCCCGCGACAUUUUAUCGGAAUACAGAGACCAGAAAUGAGCCUGCAAACACACCGACCGUUUCGUCCCCCGUAGCCCUCGCAUCUCUGAAGGAAAUAAAGGACGACGAGUACUACAAUGUGUGGUGCAUAUUCACCAAAGUUACGUCAAACUCCCCGCUGAGGAGGAAAUUCAAAAUAUUUACAGCCUCGAUGCUAAAACUGGCCUCCGUCAAGCUCGCUUUUCACGUCAUCAGCGAUCCAGCGAGUCGCGAAAUCGCUGAACCUCUUAUUCGGGCGGUCAUCGCGACGUCUGGAAAAUCCAUGAAAGUAACGUAUUAUGACGUGCAUGUACUGGCAAAACAGCUGGAGGACAUUGUGUCGACAAUGUCGCCGCACUUCAGCAGUAACCCUGGAACCUACUACUCUGACGCGCUCUUUUUUCUUUCUCUUGGACUACACAGGAUAGCACCAGAAAAUCAAAAGAAGGCUGCUAUGUUUGAUGCAGAUACAAAAUUUCGAACAGAUAUCAAAGAGCUCUUCCAAGAGUUUGACAAAUUUGGACCUGAAGCCCUGUUCGGCCUAGCGCCUGAACUGACACCUGUGUAUCGUCAUGUUCUUUAUUUGUACAGAAGUAAAAACCCUGGCACUCUCUUUGGAGAACCUGCUUACCUCGGCGGUUUUCCAGGAUUUAAUAGCGGAAUGGUACUUUUCAAUUUUGAAAAGUUGCGAGAAUCUCUGGAGUAUGAUAACAUACUCAGCAUGGAUAGCGUCGACCAUAUGACCCAGAAAUAUUACUUCAAGGGUCAUUUGGGGGAUCAGGACUUCUAUACGAUUCUGGGUAUGGAGCGGCCUGAAUUGAUCCACAAGGUGGACUGUGGCUGGAACAGGCAGCUGUGCACGUGGUGGGGAGACCACGGAUACUCUGAUGUGUUUGCCAACUAUUCUCACUGUGAUGCAAGAGUCAAACUUUGGCACGGUAAUUGCAACACGGCAAUUCCUGAGGAUUAACUGCAAUGAUUCCUCCCUGACUAACGACUGUCGAGCAAUUUUAAAUAAAGUUCAAUAACUAUUUAAGUAUUAUGGCAAAUAAGAUAAAAGUUUGUUAUUAAAAGUGUAAGGACGCACUAGAGAUAUUUUGUAAAAAAGUAAAACGUAAAUAUAGUUUAUAUUAUAU